GAGGGGUGGAGUUAGGCUUACUUGCAGGUCAGUGACCAAUGGAGAGGGCCCAGCAUUAACAGCAGUAUUUAUGAACAGUUAUGUUGUGCAGCAGAUUAGACCAGGACUGGAGAGAUGCAACAGCAGAUGUGGAGGAUGAUUUCCCAGGUCCCCCUGAUGAGGGCGUUAUGCUACCUGCUGUUAAUGCCAGGUAUGCUUGAAGCAACACCUCUGGUGAAAGUGGAGAAUCCUGGAGGGAAUCCAGUCAGCAUUGGCUUUGCUGAAGCACAUGAUUUCUUGACUAAUUCUCGACCUAAGAGGAACGUUGACCCAAAGUGGUACCGAGGCACUCCCGAUUUUCAGUCCUACUACCGCUUCUACAACAGUAUCGGUCACAUUGAAGGACUCUAUGAGAUUGACAGGAUCAGGAUGUUGUAUCAGCAGAUGCGUCACUUGGAGGUGACCUAUGGCCCAGAUGCCUCCAGUUACCAAAGUGUCAUGGGUGUACUGACUACCACUGCUCCACCAACCACUACCACUCAGCCUCCUCCACCUCCCACCACCCCUGCUCCUACACCAGACCCUCUGGAGAAUGCUCAGAGGAUCUAUCUGUGUCACCCCAAAGACCCGCUGUGCAAACCUCAGAUUGUCUACCUGCCGACGGGGGCUGUUCCUGUACUGUGCGACCCACGGCUCAACCCCGCCUGCAGGCCCAAAACAGAAGAGGAGAUAAAAGCUGCUGCUCCUCCCCAACCACCCCCGGCUCCUCCUGCUCCCAAAAAGUCUGUGCCACCUCCUCCUCCUCCUCCUCCUGCUAUCACUGUUAAAGGUAUGGAGUAUGACUGCGACCCAUACUGGGACCCUGACUGCCUCAUUGAUCACCCUCCCCGCCCCAUCCAGGAAACAAUUGCACCAGAGGAGCCUGCUGAAGAGAAGGUGGUGAUAGAGGAAGUAGCAAAAGCAGAGGAAAGUGUCCCUGCAGCACCAGCCACCCAGAAACCCCUCUACCCCUACUUUGAUCCUUAUGAUUUCAAACGUGACCUUUUUGACCCCCUUAGUUAUGCCGAUCCAGCUCCAGAAGAAUAAAGUGCUUAAGAAAUGGUAGCCUUCUGUGCAGGGUGUGACUAUAAAAUUAAAUCACGUGAACAAACAAAGGCAGGACUGUGUGCAACUCCACAUUAAAAACAAAGAGGAAAAAUCGAAUCAUGCACAUCAUCAAAUGUUUACAGAACAGACAUGGAAACAGUGUCUUCAU